CUUCCCUGAGCCCGGAGCUCUAGCGCUUUAACCAGCGGGGACGUUGCGUCAUCAGAAUGCGCCCUGGUUUCAGAGGUGCAGAUGCUUCUUCGAAAAAGGAGCUAACAGUCGUCUAAUUGUGACCUGUUACUCUUGUCAUACUGCUGAAGAGCAGCUGUUGAGAUGCCAAAGAAGUUCCAGGGCGAGAACUCCAAGGCAGCCACAGCCAAAGCCCGCAAGGCCGAGGUCAAGGCGGUGGCAGACGCCCGCAAGAAGAAGCAGGAAGAGGACGCUUUGUGGCAAGAAACUGACAAACAUGUCCUCAAAAAAGAGCAAAGAAAGGAUGACAAGGAGAAGAAGAGGCUCGAGCUAUUGGAGAGGAAAAAGGAAAACCAACGACUUCUGGAUGAGGAGUUGUCCACCAUAAAAGGCAGAGCCCUGAGGGAGGUUGGACCUGGAGGAAAAGUGACCCGCGCCCAGAUCGAAGAGGUGCUUCAGAACGAGGUAGAGCAACAGCAGGAGCUCAAGCCUAAAGAAAAGAGCCAUCUUGAGACUCCACUGGAAGAGAACGUGAACAAAAUUAUCCCCGAAGAAGGAACCGUGGAAGCUAGAACCAUAGAAGAUGCCAUCUCUGUGCUCAGCACGGGGGGCCCGGAGGAAUUGGACCACCACCCGGAGCGGAGGAUGAAAGCAGCGUAUGCUGCCUUUGAGGAGGCCAACCUGCCUCGCCUAAAACAGGAGAACCCUAACAUGAGGCUGUCGCAGCUGAAGCAACAGUUGAAGAAGGAGUGGAUGAAGUCGCCAGAGAACCCCCUGAACCAACGCUUCUCCGCCUACAACUCCAAGUGAAUCAGCUUUUUACGCCACUUAAACUCCACUUGAGAACUGUCUGCCUACCAACAUAGGAGACUGUCAUUUAGAAAAACAACUAAUAAUUUAAUUUUAAAAUGGGUGAUGCUAAUGGCAGUUUCCCCUGUUUCUGCUCAGAAAGAAUCACUCAGCAUCCAAAGGACUCAGCUUGGUUGUUCUAUUUACUAGAAAGGAGAAGCUCAUUUUCUCCUUUCAAGCUCAAAAGCAUUGACACUUCAGCAUAAUGAAUGCUAAUGAAUUGAAUUAGAUCUUUUUUUUAGACACUUGUGGGGAUGUGGGAAGUCAUAUGUUUUGAGAUAAACUUAUUAAAGUUCACCACUCGAUCAUAAA